AUGUUAACAAACAAAGGGUUAAAAAAAGAAUUUAUUGAUACGGUUUGUUGUCUCAAAAAUACAAUCAUUAACUUGUGCGCCACAUGCAGAAAGGACAUCAUAUUGAAUAAAGUACCUACUCUUUGUCUAUCUAAUGGUUUAGCAUUCUAUGAAAUACCAAAUUGUUUGAAAAUCUUGACUGAAUUAGAAGAAAGAUUAAUAUCACCAAGAAUUCCGUUUAUGGUAAUUCGAAGUUUAGGCUCUUGUAAACAAUUUGGUCUCAAGGGUAACCUUGUAAAUGUUCCCAUGAAUGUUGAUACAAAUGUUUCAAUAUUGCCUAGAAGUUUUAGUGAUACUCACACGAUUCAGUUGAAACUCAUGAGACAAAUGAAAAAUAAAAAUGCUUUUAUGUAUGAAACAAUUCGACCGAAAGUUGUGCAUACUGCUGUGAAAUAUUUGGUUGAACAAGCGCUAUAUAAAGAUGAAGGCAUUGUAAUAUCUCAUGAUUGGAUAAAUGAAUACUCUAACGAGAGAGAGAAUUUUAUCAUCAAUGAUGAUGACAAGAAAUUUGAUGAAGAUGAAAACAUUAAUAAAGAUUUUGAGGAUGAAGACGAACGGAAUGAAUGCGAUGAUAAACCAAUCAAUCCAAGCGCCACUGAAACGUUAUUAAACGAUGAGGUUGAUGAUCAAAAUGAUGUUGGUAUUAAAUUUGCUCCGGGAGAGAAUAAUAGACCGAUAUCGAUUCUAAUGGAUUUAAAAGUCGAUGAAUUAACAUUUCCGAAAAUUUAUUGUGGCGAACAAAGAAAAAUCAAAUCCAACGUCAAAUUGACUUACGGAAAAGAUCCUGUGACAUGUGUUCGUUAUUUUGAACAGAGAUUAAAAUGUUUAUGGGAAAUAUUAUUAGCUUCUUGUGGUUCAUUUGAAGGCAAUGGAUUAGAAGAUAAAUACAUCAGAGUUGAAUUCCAAGUUCGUGGCUCACAACAUAUUCAUGUUCUUAUAUGGCUAAAAAAUGCUCCAAAAUAUGACAAGAAUAAUCCUAAGUCCAUUGAACAAUGUAUAGAGUUUAUUGAUAAACUGAUUUCAGUUAAUGCUAAACUAACUGAAUUUUCUGACGAACUCAUAAAUUUGCAGCGCCAUAAGCAUUCACAUACUUGUAAAAAACAUGUAAAAAAUCGGAUUAAAUGUCGUUUUGGUAUUCCAUAUUUUCCGAUUAGAAAAACGAUGAUUUUAGAACCAUUUACUGAUGAUGAAAAGUUUACUAAAAAAGAACGUGAAGAGAUAAGUAAAAAUAAACAGAACGUAAUUAAAGAACUUGAAAAUAUAUCAAAAGAUAAAGAUAAUUCAUUAACUUUCGAAGAAUUCUUGGAACAUGUUAAUAUGAAUGAAGAAGAGUAUAUUAAAAUGAUUCGAAGUGAAUUAGAAAAAGCGAAGGUAUUUUUGAAACGUGCUCCAAAUGAAAUCAGAAUCAAUGCCUAUAAUCCAAUGAUAAUGUCAUUGCACAGAGCAAACAUGGACAUUCAAUUCAUUCUUGUUCCGUAUGCAUGCUUGACGUAUUGUGUCAACUACAUUAGUAAAUCCGAAAAUGGAAUGUCUAAACUUCUAAGAGAAGCCUUUAAUGAGCUACAAAAAGGCAACCAUACAGUCAAAGAACGUCUUAGAGUUCUUGCAAAUAAAUUUUUAAAUUCCAGUGAAAUUUCAGCACAAGAGGCUGUUUAUCAUAUCUUAAGUAUUCCAUUAUCAAUCAAUAGCAGAAGUACUAUAUUCAUCAAUACAAAUAGACCUGAAAAUAGAAUCUCUAUGGUCAAAUCAGAUGAAAUUCUUCAGAAAUUGGACCCUGAUUCAAAAGAUAUUUUUGUUCAAGGCUUGAUUGAUAUGUAUGUUAACAGACCUGACGACAUGAAAAAUGUCUGUUUCGUUGAUUUUGCUUCAUUGUAUAAUGUAACAAAAAGAAUAGCAUACAAUGAUGGUAUUGCGGAAAAUUCUGAUGAUGAAGAGGUUAUUGAUAAUGAAUUCGAUGAAUUUAAUCCUCUGAAGAUGAAAAAUAGUAAAGGGUGGAUAAAAAGAAGAACAAAACAGAAAAUAAUACGAUUUCGAAAUUUCCAAUUACAUCAAGAUCCUGAAAAUUAUUACAGAGAGCAGUUGAUGUUAUUUCAUCCAUGGAAUAAUGAACAAAAGGAUCUAAUUGAUAUAAACCAUGAAGAAGUAUUUGAAUCAUAUAAAGAUUCGAUUCGAAAAAAAAGAUCUGAAUAUGUUCAUCAUGAAGCUAAUAAAUUCGAAAAGGCUGUUGAAGAGAAUAAGGAAACAGAAGACGACAGUGAUAUCGAUGACACAAAUAAUGAAUAUGAUCAAGAUAAAAAUGAGUUUUUUAUUUAUAAAACAGGAAAUAAUGAAGGUGAUAUUUUUCUGGAGAGGGGAAUAAAUACUCAUACCAAAAAAGUUGAACAUUUUAAUGUUCCGAAAAUAAUACCAAACAUUGAAUAUCAGGAAAUUAUGAGAAAUCUCAAUGAUAGCCAAAUAAAAUAUACUUUAAAUGUGAUGAAUUUGAUUAAAAAUGGUGAUGAACAAUUUUUUCAUUUCAUCAAUGGAGGUGCCGGUGUUGGUAAAAGUACUUUGAUCAAAGCAGUAUAUCAAUCAAUAUUGAGAUUUUAUAAUUCACUUCCAGGAUCUAAUCCAGAAACUAUUCAUGUUGCACUCUGCGCACCAACUGGCAAAGCAGCAGCAUUGAUUGGCGGAAUGACUUUAAAUUCAUUUUUAAGUUUACCAGUUAAUCAAUGUAAACAUAAAUUGGUUAAACUAAAUAGCGACGUAUCAAAUAGAAUAGGAGUGAAAUCGAAACACUUCCCAGGAGAGUCAUUCCGACACUAG